GCAGAGUGACUGUGCAGGUAAAGACUCGGUCCAGACCCGGUCCAGACCCGGUUCAGUUCUCCGUGUUGUAGCGCUCGGAGCUCGGUGUGUGUCCUGACUUUCUGCCGUUUGUCUUCCAGACGCCAUGAAGGAGACAGCGGCCAAACGGCGGGACAAAGCGGGCCGGGACCGGGACUCCAAAGCCGAGAAGCCGAAGGACCGCCCGGAGCCGCAGGACGUGGAGAUGCCGGAGGAGGAGGCGACCAACGCGGCCAAACAGCCCAAAGAGCAGGACAGCCUGACCCUGGAGGACAUUAAGGAGCAUGUGAAGCAGAUAGAGAAGGCCGUGUCGGGGAAGGAGCCUCGGUUCGUGCUCCGUGCUCUCCGGGCGUUACCGUCCACCAGCCGCCGUCUGAACGCCAACGUGCUGCAUAAAGCUGUCAGCGGCUUCUUCACCAACAACACCUCGACCAGAGACUUCCUGCUCAGCUUCCUGGAGGAGCCGAUGGAGAUGGCCGAGGGAGACGUCCAGUUCCGACCCAGGACUGGUAAAGCGGCGUCGGCUCCUCUGCUGCCGGAGGUGGAAGCGUACCUGCAGCUGCUGCUGGUGGUUCACCUGACCAACAACAAGAGAUACACCGAGGCUCAGAAGGUGUCGGAUGACCUGCUGCAGAAGAUCGGCUCCAAGAACCGCAGAGCUCUGGACCUGGUGGCUGCAAAGUGUUAUUAUUACCACGCCAGAGUGUACGAGUUCCUCAACCAGUUCGACACCAUCCGCAGUUUCCUCCACACUCGGCUGCGUACGGCGACGCUGCGUCACGACGCCGACGGUCAGGCCGUCCUCCUCAACCUGCUGCUCAGGAACUACCUGCACUUCAACCUGUAUGACCAGGCCGAGAAACUCGUCUCAAAGUCUGUGUUCCCCGAGCUCGCCAACAACAACGAGUGGGCCAGAUACCUCUACUACACAGGUCGUAUUAAGGCGAUCCAGUUGGAGUACUCUGAGGCUCGCAGGACUCUGACCAAUGCUCUGAGGAAAGCUCCACAGCACACAGCUGUGGGAUUCAAACAGACGGUCCAUAAGCUGCUGAUCGUGGUGGAGCUGUUGUUGGGAGAGAUUCCUGACAGACUGCAGUUCAGACAGCCGUCACUCAAGAGGUCACUGAUGCCCUACUUCCUGCUCACACAGGGUCAGCACACACACACACACAUGAACUAA